GAAGACCAGGACAAGAAGAGUACCGAGCUCACAUCUCUGGAAGACCAAAAGAACGAACGAGAACGAAAAACAAAAGAUGAAGACCUUCACCAUCCUCAUCCUCUUCGCUUUGCUGUCUGCCUGCACACCCAAGCCAGGCCCCAUAGAGGACUUCUCUGAUCCCGAGUCAGCCCCAGCAGCCGACCCUGACCCUGACACCGAUUCCACUCCAACCUCCGACUCUUCUACAUCCGACUUGUCCUCUGCAUCCGACUCUGUGUAUGACUCCGCAUCCGAUUCUGCCUCAGAUUCCGAUUCAUCUUCCAAUUCCGCAUCCGAUUCCACUGAGUCCAACUCUGUCAGUGAUGAAGCUGCGCAUGCUGAUCAUGUGAUGAUGAAGAGGUCUCUAGCCACGUCUAUGCUGAAGAGACAUAGAAGAGCUGACACGCCUGUUGCAAACCUGACCCCAGUCCAGUUGGAGAGUUUGAGAGAGGUUUGUGAAGCUAACCUGGCCUGUGAGCACAUGUCGGAUACUGAUGGUAUAAUAGCGGCUUACACCGCAUACUACGGGAAAAUUCCAUUUUAA